UUUCAACCAAAAUUAAGAAACAUUCUAGAUUUCUAGCGAAUUGUUUUGAAUGUCAUCGAAUGUCAGUGUCAGUUUUAGGCCGUCUACGGAAAGUGGUGGUGGUAGUGUUGUUGAAUUUUAGUAAAAUAUUUGUUUUUUGUGCGGCGGCUGGUUCGUUAUUGAGAUACUCCUAUCGUAGAAAGGCUGGGAAAGCAUUCGUGAUUGCGUAGUGGAGGUGCACACAUCAAUUAGGAAGGAAGCAACAGAUCAAUUAACGCGAUGGAGUACAACAGCAACAAUGAAGUGCUGAAUGAAAAAAUUCGACAGUGGCUGGAGUGGGACAGGAACGAAACGACCUCAAACGAAAUUAAAAGUCUAUGCGAAAGUGAACAAUGGGAGGUCCUAGACAAACGAUUAUGCACGAGGUUGGCAUUUGGAACAGCUGGUCUGCGAGGACCAAUGCAAGCAGGAUUCAAUUCGAUGAAUGAUUUAGUUGUUGUUCAAACAGCCCAAGGACUAUGUAAAUAUAUUUUAAAAUGCUUCCCAGAUGAAACUGAUCGUAAACGUGGUAUUGUUCUGGGGUACGACGGGAGAUACAACAGUAAACGGUUCGCCGAGUUAUCAGCUUGUGUAUUCAUAAAUGCAGGCAUUCCUGUUUGGUUGUACAGUCGAAUGGUACCAACCCCCUUUGUACCGUUUGGGAUUUUACUUAAAAAGACUUUAGCUGGCGUGAUGGUCACUGCAUCGCACAAUCCAAAGGAAGACAACGGCUACAAAGUCUAUUGGGAGAAUGGCGCACAAAUCAUCUCACCACAUGACAAAAUGAUCCAAAGUAUGAUCCUGGAUAACUUAUGCCCAGCAGAAUCUUCAUGGGAUUGCUGUUCCCUACAAUCACCACUUUUGAAAGACCCAUACGCCGAAGUUUACAAAAUAUACUAUGAAAAGUUACUGGAUAACAUUCCACAGAAGUUCUUGGAAUGCAAUGACAGAUCGAAGGACUUGCGAUUCGUCUACAGCGCAAUGCACGGUGUAGGCUAUCCUUUUGUUAAACGCGCCUUUGAAAUUGGUCGCCUUCAACCGGCGAUUCCCGUUGCUGAGCAACAAGAGGCUGAUCCCGAGUUCCCCACCGUGAAAUUUCCCAAUCCUGAAGAAGGAAAAUCUGCGUUGGAAUUAUCCAUCAAAUUGGCGAAUGAAAAAGGAGUUACAGUAAUUUUGGCAAACGAUCCAGAUGCAGAUCGAUUAGCGCUGGCAGAGAAAAAUGAAGAGACAGGAGAAUGGAAAGUAUUCAGUGGGAAUGAAAUUGGAGCUUUACUCGGCUGGUGGGCGGUUCAAUGUUACAAGGAGAAAAAUCCUGGCGAUUCUCUCACCGAUUGUUAUUUAUUGGCAAGCACUGUCAGCUCAAAAAUACUUGCAGCAGUUGCCAAAAUUGAAGGGCUUCAUUUCGAAGAAACUCUUACAGGUUUCAAAUGGAUGGGUAAUAAAACUGUUGACCUACAAAAGGCUGGGAAGAAGGUUUUGUUCGCUUUCGAAGAGGCUAUUGGUUUUAUGUUUUCCCCAACCGUUCUAGAUAAAGAUGGAGUGAGCGCUGCGUGCCAUCUUGCCACAAUGCGAUGCUAUGUGAGGCAACAUGAGAACAUUUCACUUACACAGAAACUGAAUAAAAUAUACGAGACCUAUGGAUACCAUUCAACCAUUGUCUCAUACUAUCUUUGCUAUGACCCGGAACUGAUCAAACGAAUCUUCGAAAGGAUACGCUAUAUCAAUGGUGAUAAGGAGGAAUCGUACCCCACUUCUGUACUUGACGGGAAAUACAAAAUAUCAUCGAUCAGGGACUUAACUACAGGCGUAGACACUGCAGUGCCUGACAGAAAGGCAAAACUACCCUCGAGUUCCAGCACGCAAAUGAUAACAUUCCGCUUCGAAAAUGGCGUUGUGGUCACCCUUAGAACAAGCGGCACGGAGCCGAAAGUUAAGUAUUAUGCUGAGAUGUGCGCGCAGCCCGAAGAGAAAAACUGGACGAAUCUCCGGGAAAUACUUGCAGAAGUAGUUGAUGCGGUCGUCGAAGAGUUUCUACAGCCAAAGAUCAACAAUUUGAUACCUCGAUCCGACUAGGUGUAGCUCGUGAGACUGUCAUGUACUUGUUACCAUCAUUGUAAUUUUAAGAUCCUGUGGAAGCUGUCUGUUACCUCAGUUAUUCUAUUCCAUUCUCAAUACAUGUAUUUUAUGGCCAGUGUGGCAUACAUCCUUUUUUAAAUUAUUAGAAAGAACGUACUUACAGAUUUGUAGCCCAAAGUUCUGCGUGAUUUUUAAGAAUGUGCAUGAGGCAUUUACACUAACCAUGUAAAAAACGACGUCCGCCAAUAUUUUGCAAAAUAAAACCCACUGUAAUUCAGA